UCGUCGCUCUCCUCCACUGGCUCCUCGUCGCUGCCCGAGGACUCGGAGGACGACCUGCUGAGCGACAGCGAGAGCCGGAGCCGCGGCAACGUGCAGCUGGAAGCCGGCGAGGACGUGGGUCAGAAAAGCCACUGGCAGAAGAUCCGGACCAUGGUGAAUCUGCCUGUCAUGAGCCCUUUCAAGAAGCGCUACUCCUGGGUGCAGCUGGCCGGGCACACGGGGAGUUUCAAGGCGGCGGGCACCAGCGGGCUGAUCCUGAAGCGCAGCUCGGAGCCCGAGCGCUACUGCCUGUCGCGGCUGAUGGCCGACGCGCUGCGGGGCUGCGUGCCCGCCUUCCACGGCGUGGUGGAGCGCGACGGCGAGAGCUACCUGCAGCUGCAGGACCUGCUCGACGGAUUCGACGGCCCCUGCGUACUUGACUGCAAGAUGGGCAUCAGGACUUACCUGGAAGAGGAGCUGACCAAGGCCCGCGAGCGGCCCAAGUUGCGGAAGGACAUGUACAAAAAGAUGCUAGCGGUGGACCCUGCGGCGCCCACGGAGGAGGAGCACGCGCAGCGCGCGGUCACCAAGCCGCGCUACAUGCAGUGGCGAGAAGGCAUCAGCUCCAGCACCACGCUAGGCUUCCGCAUCGAGGGAAUCAAGAAAGCCGACGGAUCCUGCAGCACCGACUUCAAGACCACGCGAAGCCGGGAGCAGGUGACUCGGGUCUUCGAGGAAUUCGUGCAGGGGGAUGCGGAAGUGCUGAGGAGGUACCUGAACCGCCUGCAGCAGAUCCGGGACACCUUGGAGGUCUCCGAGUUCUUCAGGAGGCACGAGGUGAUCGGCAGCUCCCUGCUCUUCGUGCACGACCACUGCCACCGCGCGGGCGUGUGGCUCAUCGACUUCGGCAAGACCACGCCCCUCCCCGACGGCCAGACGCUGGACCAUCGGACGCCCUGGGAGGAGGGCAACCGCGAGGACGGCUAUUUGCUGGGGCUGGACAAUCUCAUUGGCAUCCUGGCCAGCCUGGCCCAGAGAUGAGGCUAGGCCCCUGCCCUCGCACAGACCGACUGGUCUGACAGACGGACCCGCGGCUUUGUCCCCGCUGUGCAUGCUGGGAAGAGACAAACAAACCCAGAGGUUGGGGCGGUUCACAGGGUCCUGUAGGGCCAGGUGCCAACCACUAAGGGACGCCCUGCACGCACCAAAGCUGUUCCCUGUACAAACCCAAGCGGUCCCAGAGCCAAUGACACUAAUUUAAGGGGGGAAGACUGUGACAAUGGGCUUCUUCCUCAGCCUAGCUCUUCUGAGGGCGCUCUGUACUUCUCCAGAGGGGCCAGAUAAUGAAUUUUAUUUCGCAGGCACUAGAUCUAUUGAUCUAACCUCCCACACUACAAAGGACUCUCCUCCACAAUAAAACUCAAACACACCAGCUU